AUGGUGACGGAGCCGGAGGCCGCGGAGCAGGAGGCGACGGAGCUGCAGUGCCGGGUUUCGGUGGAGGAGCUGAGCCCGGGCGGUCAGCCCCGGAGACGUCAGGUCCUGAGGGAGGCCCGGCUCAGUCUGGGCCGCAACGAGAGGCGAGAGCUUGUCCUGCGGCUGCAGGCGGGGACGGUAACGGGCCCCCGGCUCUUCCCGCUGCGGGCGGCCCGGCUGUUCACCCGGUUCUCGGCGGCCGGACGGAGCGGCCUGCGGCUCGGCCCGGCCCCGGACUCCAGCUCUGUCCAGCUGCUGCUGUCUGACUGCCCUCCCUACCGCCUGCGCCGCUUCCUUCGCACCCUGCGGCUCAAGCUGGCCGGAGCCCCCGGGCCCCCCGCCGCCCCGGCCCGUGCCCGCCUGCUCGCCCCCCGGCCUCGGGCCUUCCUCGCCCUCAGCCCCGUCCAGCCCGAGAACCGGCCCCAGAAGGUGGACGACGCCUUGGAUGCCACCCCGCGGAAGCGGCCGGGGCCCGGGGCCAGGCUCCGGCCCGGCUCCAGUGUCGAGGCGGAGACUUCCGAGCCCCCCAAGCCACUGCGGUCCCUCCAGCCCCGGGCCCGACCCCGGCUCCAGCUGUCCCGGGAGCAGGAGCAGGUGCUGAGCGCCGUGAUCCGCGGAAAGAGCGUCUUCUUCACGGGCAGCGCAGGCACAGGAAAAUCCUUCCUGUUGAAGCACAUCCUGGGGUCAUUGCCCCCUGAGGGCACGGUGGCCACGGCCAGCACCGGGGCAGCCGCCUGCCUCAUCGGGGGCACCACUCUGCACGGCUUUGCAGGUAUCGGAUCGGGCCAGGCGCCCCUGGAGCAGUGCGUGGCUCGCGCCCAGCGCCCAGGCGUGCGGCGGGCCUGGCUGAGUUGCCAACGACUGGUCAUCGACGAGAUCUCCAUGGUGGAGGCCGCGCUCUUCGACAAGCUGGAGGCUGUGGCCAGAGCUGUGCGGCAGCGGGAGGAGCCAUUUGGGGGGAUCCAGCUCAUCAUCUGUGGUGACUUCCUGCAGCUGCCUCCUGUGAGCUCCGGGGACCGCAAGCAACGCCCCCAAUUCUGUUUCCAGGCCCGGAGUUGGUCCCGAUGCAUCCAGGUGACCAUGGAGUUGACCCAAGUCCGGAGGCAGAGCGACCCAGCCUUCAUCUCCCUGCUGCGGAAUGUGCGGCUGGGCAGAUGCCCAGAGGAGGUGACCCGGCAGCUGCGGGCCACGGCCGGGCACAAGCUGGAGCAGGAUGGGGUGGUGGCCACGCGGCUCUGCUCCCACCAGGAUGACGUGGAGAUGACAAACUGGCAACGUCUUCAGGAGCUGCCCGGGGCUGUGCGAUGCUACGAGGCUGUGGACAGUGACCCCGAGCAAGCCGGAUCCAUCAAUAGGCAGUGUCCAGUAGGGCCACAGUUGCAGCUGAAGCUGGGAGCCCAGGUGAUCCUGGUGAAGAACUUGGCGGUGACCCGAGGACUGGUGAACGGGGCCCGUGGGGUUGUGGUGGGAUUUGAGGCUGGAGAGAAAGGGCUCCCCCAGGUGCGGUUUCUAUGUGGCGUCACGGAGGUUGUGCGUUUUGAGCGCUGGAGCCUGCAGGGCCCGGGGGGGCAACCUUUGAGUCGCCAGCAACUGCCCCUCCGCCUGGCCUGGGCCCUGUCCAUCCAUAAGAGCCAGGGCAUGUCCCUGGACUGCGUGGAGAUCUCUCUGGCUCGGGUGUUUGAGAGCGGACAGGCCUACGUAGCGCUGUCCAGAGCCCGCAGCCUGCGGGGCCUCCGCGUGCUGGACUUUGACCCCAACGUGGUGCGGUCUGACCCCCGGGUGCUGCGCUAUUAUGCCUCGCUGCGGCUGGAGGACGGGCCCGCUGAGUCGAUCGAUGACCUGAACACGUGGGUCCUGCUACUGGUUUCUCCCUUUGUGUACCCGGGCGACAUCCUGGGCGCAGAGCACAUCGCCUUCGUGGCCGAGAGCGUGGCGACCCACGCCGAGAGUUUGCAGGCAGCAACCGCCUCGCCCGAAGAGAUUGUUAGACUUUCAGACUGUUGCUUCCCGUUGGCCUGCCGGCCCGGGGAUCCGUACCAGUUAAUGGCCAAAGCCAGCGUGGACGACUUCAGCAAGCUGGGGAUCGCGUUCCUGGAAGACAGACUCCGCAUGGACGACGGAAUGAUCCCGCAGAAGAUCGUCUCCGUGCACCUGCAGGAAUCCGUGCUGAAGGAGCUGCAGCAGCUGGCGGCGGAGAGGCCGGCGGAGCCGCGGGAAGGCCGCGCUGCCCCCAGAGAGCCCGCCGGUCUCACCCAUCCCCACUGCCACCUCCAUCCCCUCCACCUGUCCAGCUGCCACGAAUGUCUGGAGCUGGAGGACAGCACCAUCGAGUCGGUCAAGGUCGCGUCCUCCGAGAACAUCCCCUACGGCAGCGACGGCGGACCCCCGGCCGGCGACUCCGGCCCGGCCGCCGGACGGGGACGGAAAGCCGGCACCUCCGACAAGGCCCCCAACGUGCUGGUGUACGUGGGCGCCGAUCCCGCCCGGUUCCAUCCGCUCCGGGCCAUCCUGGCCGACUGCCUGGCCGCGGACGGCUACACCGUGUACCCGCUGCGGGAGGAGGACGUGCUGGGGGCCCCGUGGCUGGACUGCGCCGUGCUCCUGGUGCUCACUGCCACGGAGCCGCUGUCCGAGGAGGUCCACCGGCGGGUCCUGGCCUACCUGGGCCGGGGCGGGAAGGUGCUGGGCCUGGCCUCCUCCUUCGUGUGCGGCGGCCUCCGCCUGCGGAGAUGGGACACCCCCGGCCCGGCCGUGCGGGACCUGGCGUUCUCCGGGGGGGCCGGCCGCAGGGGCCACCGCCUGCACGUCCUGACCAGCGGCUGGGCGUUCGAGGGGGAGCCGCCGGCCGCCGGCCCGGGAAGGCUGCGGGGUCACCUGGCCGAGGCGGAAGGAGAGGGACUCAUCGUCCACCUGCCCCACGGGGAGGCCGGCGGGGAAGCCGUCCUGUGCCAGGUUCAUCUGGAAGCGUCUCCAGGCUCGGUGGCCACCCAGGCCCCGGAUGACUUCAACCUGCUGAAAACCAGCAACAGCGAGAGGUUUGAGGUGCUGAAGGAGAUCCUGAUUGCGCUCGGCCUGAACUGUGACCCCCAGCCGGCCCCUUCCCUGACACCCCUGUAUCUGCUGAUGCCCCAACCGGAAACUGGAAGGGCCUUCAGGCAGUGGCUGGAGAAGCAUGUGGAUGCCCAGGGGACGAUCCCCUCUCACCAGGUCACCCUCCAGUUCGUUCCCUCUUACGAGCCGGAGGUGGAAGUGACCCCGGCCCGCAUCCCUGUCGUCAUGGAGACCGAGGGCUUCGCCUCGGAGUAUUUCAGCCUGGACACCUAUCGGGAGAACCUGCGGACUAAGACGCUGGGGAAAGUGGUGCUUUUCACCGAAGUGACGACCUCCACCAUGAGCCUCCUGGACGGAUUGCUGCUCGAGACACCAGCGGAGAUGGGGCUCAUCGCCAUCGCGGGCCGCCAGACGCAGGGCCGAGGCCGCGGUGGGAACGCUUGGCUGAGCCCGGUGGGCUGUGCCCUGUCCACGGUGCUCCUCUCCGUGCCUCUGGCAUCCCACCUGGGGCAGCGAAUCCCCUUCGUCCAGCAUCUGGUGUCCCUGGCCUUGGUAGAGGCGGUGCGGUCCAUCCCUGGCUACCAGGACAUCAACUUACGGAUGAAGUGGCCCAACGAUAUUUACUACGGUGACCUCCUGAAGCUGGGCGGGGUACUGGUCAACUCCACACUGCUGGGGACCACUUUUUAUAUUCUGGCUGGGUUUGGGGUGAACGUGAGCAACAGCAAGCCCACCGUCUGCAUCAACAACCUCAUCGAGGAGCACAACAGCAAGCACGCGGCCGGGCUCCCGCCCCUGCGCGCUGACGCGCUCAUCGCCCGGACCCUGACCGCGCUGGAGGGGCUUCUGGACACGUUUCAGGCCCGAGGCCCCGACGGCGUCCUGCCCCUGUACUACAAGUACUGGCUGCACAGCGGCCAACAGAUCCGCCUCGGCGGCGACACCGGGCCCCUGGCCUGGGUGGUGGGGCUCGACGACUCGGGGUUCCUGCAGGUCCACCGCGAGGGCCAGGGCAUCGACACCGUGCAUCCCGAUGGCAAUUCCUUUGACAUGUUGCACAAUCUCAUCCUCCCCAAACGGCCAUAGUCCCGCCGGCAGCGGGGACGGGGACGGGGACUCCUUCCAGCGCAGACUCCGGGACCUGCCGGAGUUUGGGUUUCCCUCUCUCUCCCGUGGCUUUUGUCGCGGUGGCUUGUUUUUGGAGCGUCGGGUCAGUUUUUCUGGAGCCCAGCGGGGAGAGGCAUCCCGAGGAAAGGGCUCCGUCUUGGGGGCGACCGCGGCCUUUCCCCGCGGGAUCCCGCCCUGGCUUUGACGCGCGGGGAGGGCCGGUGGUCAAACUGUACCGUUUCCCUUCACCACGGGUGAUGCCAAUACACGGGCAAAGUGA